AUGAUCGAAGCACCUCACACCUCCGCCAAUGGCACCAUUGUCUCUAGUCCAGAGCCUUACACCGUCUCCGAGAAGAUCUUGGGCGUAGCCCGCCAUCUGCGGGUGAUAUCUGUUGGUGCAGGAGCCUCUGGCUUAAACCUGGCACAUCAGAUCAGUCAAAAUAUGCGGAAUAUUGACCUGACUAUCUACGAGAAGAACCCUGAGGUUGGGGGGGACUUGUUGGAAGAUCUCCGGCUGACGUAUCAAACUAGCUACUCGCGGGCACCCGAAAUUCUGGAAUACUUCAAGAAUGUUGCUAAGAAGUACGACCUUUAUCGAUUCAUCAACUUGAACCACAGCGUCAUCAAUGCCGAGUGGGUAGAAAGUGACUCAAUCUGGAAAAUCAAGGUCCAAGACAAUGCCACGGGCAGGAUCAUUGACGACUGGUGUCAUUUCAUGAUCACUGCGUCCGGCAUUCUCAAGUGCGUUGGUGCCUGCCAGUAUCUGAAGAAAAUAUAUGCUGACUCUACUGCUCUAGCAACUGGAAGUGGCCUGAUAUUCCGGGUUUACACAGCUUCAAGGGUGAACUCUUUCACAGCGCAGCGUGGAACAAGAAUGUCUCAUGGGAGGGCAAGACUGUUGCAGUCCUUGGCUGCGGUUCAUCAGGCGUGCAGAUCGUACCCACCAUUCAGCCAGGCAAGAAACUCAGACUUGAUUGUAUCGGUUGUUGCCAACACCCUAGCAGAUGUGAAACAGCUCGUCACAUUUAUUAGGACUCCGACAUGGAUUACAGCUGGAUUUGCUCAAAACAAGGCAGGCCCGAAUGGAUCAAACUUUGCUUGUACGUGA